AUGGAUAUUUCUAUGAAGAUAUUUUUUUCACAUUCUCUACCAACUUUAAUUUGCACUAUUAUUUUAUUUUGCUUAAAAACAAAUGCUAUUAUUCAACUUCCACCAAAUGUUUCAAUUCCAGCAGUGUUGGUGUUUGGAGAUUCAAUAAUGGAUACAGGCAAUAAUAAUUAUAUAUUAACACCAGGUAGGAGCAAUUUUGCACCAUAUGGAAAAGAUUUUCAAGGAGGCAUUGCCACCGGAAGAUUUAGCAAUGGAAAGGUCCCAUCGGAUUUGAUAGUUGAAGAAUUAGGCAUUAAAGAAUAUCUACCUCCAUACUUGAAUCCCAAUCUCACGUUUAAUGAAUUGACUACGGGUGUGUGCUUUGCAUCUGGUGGUGCUGGAUACGAUCAUUUAACAUCACAAUUAGAGUUCGCUAUUCCUUUAACCAAGCAACUAGACUAUUUCAAAGAAUAUAUUGAGAAGCUUAACGUAUACGUUGGAGAAAAUAGAACAAAUUUCAUCUUAGCCAAUAGUAUUUUCUUUUUGGUAAUGGGUAGCAAUGACAUUUCCAACACAUAUUUCCUGAGUCACGUGAGGAAACUCAAAUAUGACUUUCCUUCAUACGCUGACCUUUUGGUUAAUAUAGCUUCUAAUUUUACCAAGGAAAUAUAUGAACUAGGAGCAAGGAGGAUUGGAAUAUUCAAUGCGCCACCAAUAGGGUGUGUGCCGAUGCAAAGAACAUUAGACGGAGGCAAAGAAAGAUCAUGUGUUGAAAAAUACAACAAUGCAACAACUUUAUUUAAUGACAAACUAUUUAAGGAAAUUGGUUCCCUUAACCAAAACUUAUCAAAUAGCAAAAUUGUUUACUUUGAUGUUUACACUCCUCUGCUCGAUAUCAUCGUCAACAACCACAAAUAUGGGUUUACCGUUGCAGACCGAGGGUGUUGUGGCACAGGUAAAGUAGAAGUUGCGUUUUUAUGCAACCGUUUUGAAGAUACUUGUUCCAAUGAUACCGAAUAUGUGUUUUGGGAUAGUUUUCACCCCACUGAAGCCACUUAUAAAAACCUUGUUGCCUCUCUUCUACAAAAAUAUAUAACUCAGUUUAUAUGA